AUGCAGCCCUUGAUGCUUGCCCAUGGAGACAAGAGCAAGACUCGAAUCCUGCAGCCAAUACUGCGGGCAUAUGCGAUUGGAUAUCUUUCAUCAACAACACCAAGAGUUGUAUCAUAUUUACGGCGCCUCAAGGCUAAGGACUUGAGCAAUAAACAAAAAAUCGAAGAGUUAUCACGUACAUUGACGAGUGCGUUCCGUCUCGACAGUUUUCCGACAUUUUGCGCAAUUUUAGUCGGAGGUUCAACGGCCUUGCCGAUUGUUCUACUCCGACUCUGUGCGCUUGUCGGUAGUAAUCUUAGUAAAAGAUCCGACGUACACAAGUCUCGGGGCUUUUUACGGUUUAUUCGCUUCGUUGCAGCGUUCGUGUCUGCCUGGUUCAGCUUUCAGCUCCUCAAUAAGAAACCAAUCAGACUUCAGAGCCUCCAGAACUCAAGCCAUGAUAGCACUGACACCAAGCAAGGUGCCCCUACUGGACUGGAGAAGGAUUUUGCAUGUCAAGUCCGGCCUGCUUUUGCUGGGAGAACCAUGGAUCUGACGCUGUUCACAUUUACCAGAGCAAUGGAUGUCCUAGCCUGCUUUACAUGGUCUCGUUGGCGAAAAUGGCGGAAUAGUCAGAGUCGUUGGUCAUUCACAGAGGCUGUCGCUCCCAUGCUUGCUGAUGCGGGACUUUUUGCGGCCAGUUCAGCUGUGGUGAUGUGGGCAUGGUUCUACCUUCCUGAACGCCUACCAAGAUCUUAUGGAAAAUGGAUCGAUGAAGUAGCAAAGGUGGAUAUCCGUCUCAUUGAAGCACUUCGUCGGGCAAGGAGAGGGAUAUUCGUAUACGGAAAGGAGACAGGACAGUCACCUCUUCUUGAGUCUAUGUGCAAGGAUUACAAUUGGCCUAUAGAGUGGGGAGAUCCAAAGAAGACAAUCCCCAUCCCAUGCGAAAUGGUGCACAUGGAUUGCGGUCCCAAUUGUGAAAAGCACGCUUUAAUGCGGUUUCUCCGAACAUUUAAGUUUGCCUGUGCAACCUACGUCCCUCUACAGAUCGUGUUCCGUCUGCGUUUAAUCAGGACAAUGUCUUCCCUUCGCCGGGCCCUGGCUGAUGCCUUGCGCACGUCUACUUUCCUGGCCUCUUUCGUGAGCAUUUUCUACUACUCUGUGUGCCUAGCUCGAACAAGAAUUGGUCCCAAGCUUUUCAGCCGAGAAACGGUAACACCACAGAUGUGGGACUCUGGCCUUUGUGUCGGCGCUGGGUGUCUCAUGUGCGGAUGGAGUAUUUUGGUCGAGAGUGCGCGGAAACGACAGGAGAUUGCGUUGUUCGUGGCACCUAGAGCUGCCGCAACUGUGUUGCCACGGUAUUAUGACAAGAAGUAUCAGCACCGAGAGCGCAUUACUUUCGCGCUUAGCGCUGCCAUCCUCUUUGCUUACCUUCAUGAACAGCCCAAGAUGGUUAGAGGUGUCUUCGGUAGAAUUGCAACACGAGUAUUGAAGUGA